UGCAUAGUGAAAACUUGGCUGAAAGCCUGAAAGGUUGCCUGUUGUUUCUAGUUUUGUUUUCGUUGUUUGGUCAUAAUUUAUAAGUUGCUGUAAAAUGAUACAUUUCCUAUUUGCAUUAUUAUACUGAUUAUUUUGGUGGUUCCUGAAAUUUUUCCUGUCAACAAUGGAGAACAAAGAAGUGGUGGAAGAAUCAAGUGACAGCGGUCGAUUCUCUCCCAGUUCAGCUGGUGAUUCAAAUCUGCCAGUUGAUUUAUUUGAUGAUGCUGCCCACACAGUCGAUAGCAUUAAUGAGGUCGGUGACGAAGAUUCCAUGGCGGGCUCUAUUGCUGAAGAACCAGAAAAAUCUCCUAAACAUGUAAAACCUUCAAAAUCAGGCAAAUUAAAAAAAUCUGAUAAAGCAUCCUCGAGUAAAGUAUCGGCUAAUGACAUAGAGAAAGAUACCAAACAGAAAGCGGAAGAAGAGAAAUGUUAUAAACGAAUAAUGCAUUUAUUAAAUUCCAGUAAAUUUUUCACUUCAUUUCUGUUGAAAAAGCUGGAACAGUCUGGUUUGAACCAAGACAAGAAAAAUCAGAUCAAAACUGAAUCAGCUUCUGACAAAUCAGAAUCACCUUCGACAACUAAACAGGUAUUGACUGAAAGUGCAUCAAAUGAAAAGAACGUGAGAGGUAAAAGACCUCUGGAUGAUGAAGAUAAAGAUAAUCCAACAAAGAAAUCUAAGAAGAGGAAGAAGAUAAAUGUUGAUAUAAGUGAUGUGCUAACAAAAGAAGAAGUGGAGGAAGCACAUCGUCAACACAUGGAAAAAGAAAUAUUGGAAUCGGAAGAUAAAGAAAAUGAAGUGGGUAAUAGCUCACCGGUAAAAACCAAAGUAACAUCUUUGGGAUUGACAGUGCCUGCGAGUCAGCCAAAUCUGCUUAUAGGCGGAGCUUUGCGUGACUACCAGCUCAAAGGAUUAGAAUGGCUCAAGGUGUUGUUCGAGAAUGGAGUGAGCGGCAUCCUGGCUGAUGAGAUGGGUCUGGGCAAGACGAUUCAGGUGAUAUCGCUGCUCUGCCACCUCAUUGAGAUGGGCAUCCGUGGGCCCUACCUCGUCGUGGCGCCGCUCUCAACCCUCAGCAAUUGGCUCCACGAGUUCGAGAAGUUCGCUCCCGAGAUUCCUGUGGUUCUGUUCUAUGGCAGUGCAGAAGAACGAAAAGCACAACGCAGGAAACUUAAAACUGCCACUAAGAUUAACGAUAAACUGACAGCCGUUCUGCCAGUGGUUGUGACAUCUUAUCAAGUUCCUUUACAGGAGAAGGAAACUUUGUGUUCCAUAAACUGGCAGUACAUCGUUGUGGAUGAAGGCCAUAGUAUCAAAAACAAGGACACACAGCUAAACAGAGUUUUGACGGCAUGCACCUCGCAGAAUCGGCUUCUAUUAACAGGCACACCGCUGCAAAAUAACCUGAUAGAGUUGUGGACUCUUCUCAAUUUCCUGAUGCCGGAUAUGUUCCACGACAUAACCAUCUUCCACUCAUUGCUUGACCUCAGCGAUGCCGGCAAAGACGCUCAGAAAAUUCUGCAAAAAGAGAAGGAACAACAUGUAGUUUCUACACUACAUCAGAUACUCUUCCCAUUCGUUCUGAGGCGUCUAAAAAGUGAUAUUGCUAUUGACAUUCCUCCCAAAAAGGAAGUGGUGGUGUACUGUCCCAUGACGGAAGUGCAGAGGGAACUUUAUGAAUAUAUCUUGAAAAAAAAUAUUCGUAACAAAAUCCCCCACUUCGAGUUGGGAAAUCUGCCAGCCAAAAGAGCUGUUGGGACGUCAUAUAAAGACUACUUCAGUGAUCAUAAUCCUGAUCUUGAAUGUGAGGAGAAUUUGGCGUCCAGUGAUGAUCAUAAUCUCGAUCUUCAAUGUGAGGAGAAUUUGGCGUCCGCUGAAAUGCCUACAAGAUCUUCAAUUCUGAGAAAAGAAUCCAUUAAAAACAAGAGAAAUGACUUCUUCGAUUUAAGCGAGCUACCCAAGUGCAAGGAACUCUAUGAAAGGAUGGCCUGUGAAUUCAAAGAAAGGGUGAAAAUGCAGUCUCCACAGCAGGCUCUUAUGCACAUUGUCAAUCACCCCUACCUCGUCAUGAUGCCAUUCACUAGACAGAAACACAACAGAUUUCUUCUUGUCAACGACGAACUGAUAAAGACUUCGGGAAAAUUUCUUGUUUUGGAAGCUUUGCUGGCGAAAUUGAAACAGAGAGGACACAAGGUUCUACUUUUUUCAACGUCGUGUAUGCUUCUGGAUAUGGCGGAAGAUCUUAUGGUUAUGCGGAACCAUUCAUAUGUGCGACUGGAUGGAAAUAGCAAGCUGAUGGCUCGUAAAGACGACAUUUUCGCCUUCAACACCAAUCCAGAUAUGUUUGCGUUUCUGAUCUCGACGCGAGCUGGUGGACUUGGCAUUAACCUGACUGGAGCCGAUACGGUCAUUCUACUCAACAGUGAUUGGAACCCAAUGGCUGAUCUGCAGGCUCAAGACAGGGCGCACCGUAUCGGUCAAACGAAACCGGUUGUGGUCUACAGAUUCACCGUGUCCAACACGGUCGACGAGAAGAUUAUAAAAAUUGCAAAUAACAAGAAAACCAUGGAGAAGGUGGUCAUGAAAUCUGAUGUGUUUAAGCUCAACCAUGUACCUCAACUCGAUUUACUAGAACUCGCCAUGCUUCUGAAAGAGAAAAACGAGAAGGAGUUUGUGCAUUCCAACUCGUGUGGAUUUACUGAAGAGGAACUUGAACAAUUACUGGAUCGUAGUGAUAUGAUGGGUGCAGAAACCAGCAAAUCCAAUUCAUCAAACUCACACAACAAAUAAGAAAUUAACCUCGCUAGGUGUCCAGGCUGAAAGCUGUCGUUAAAGAGCUUGUGAAAAAAGCUUGACAGUUGCCAUAGUUGAAGUUAGUGAUUUUACCGAAUUCAGUCAAACUGAAUUUUAUACCUAUGGACCAUUUUAGUCAGUGAGAUUUAUGUUAUUCAUUGUAAUAGAAUUAAUAUUGUUAUCGAUUCCUGUCCUAUAUAUUUACUUUAUAGUCUUAAUCAAUUUCAUUGAUAGUAUUUAUUGACUUUGGUGCCUAAAGACUUAAUUAUGGGGAAGUCGUCUAAUAUCAUAGCCACCUCUAAUACAGGUAUUAGAGGUGGCUAUGCUAAUAUGCUUUGAUUUACCUUUCAAAUCUGUACAUUUCUUGAACGGCAUUUUUUAAUAAAUCUUCAGAUUUCUCAUAAUCUUGGAUUAAUCUAAAUAAAUUGAAAAGACCAGAUCCGUUAAUAGUUUUUUCCAUAUACGAGAGAUGUUUUUUUGAAUUGUUGACGGACUUCGAGAGGAAAUCAUGGGUUUCAAUGAUAUUGCCUUCAGAAAGUUUGAAAGGUUCUUUACUCGUUUGAAUUAAGUUGUUUCUUUUUUGCUGCGCACAACUCCACACGAAACUGUAAUUAUAAUUCACUAUUAUUAUUAUCAUACAUUGUGAUAGGAUUAAUAUUUUAUAUUCCUGUUUUUGAUAUGUAAUUUGUUCAUUUAGUUGCAAGUGUAACAGAAUAGAAUUUUGAUCUACUUGUAGCAGCUGAAUUAUUCAAGGGUCAAUAAACAUAUUUAUACAUUGUCUACCAAAUACAAGAAAUAGCCUAGCGCCAAUACUUAUUUCUAACAUUGUUUUUAAUCAUAUAAAAAUGUAAUUUUCAUCGUCAUCUAAAAUAUCCAAUUCUGACUAAAAUGCGCCUUGGAAUUUUAAGUGCAAUGAGGCAUUAUUAAGAAAGUGUGAGAUUCUAUGAGAACAUUAAAUCAAACAUGAUAAACUUCGCCUUUAUAAAGUGCUUUAUACAUAAUCAUUCUUAAUAAAAUAAUGCAGCGUUUUAUAUUUGUAUGUCUGACUUCGUAUUAUUCAUUUAAUUUACUUUUAAGAAUCAUGAUAUAAGACUAUUAUAUAUAAUUAUGCAGAAAAAUUGCAUUAAAUAUAAAAACAAUACGCUAUUGAGUUUUAUAUGAAAUGAAUGUAGGUACUCUAUGUAAGUUUGAAUAAAGAGCUGAUAGGAUCCUAUUUAUUUUCAUGUUUUCAUUAAAGUCUUGAUAAAUUGAGUAGUAGAAGGCUUUUCAAUUCAUAUCCCGACUAGAUAGUGACUAGAGGUUUAAAAAUGCAAUUUUUUUUUAAUUAAACCUGAAGAGUUUCAGUGAUGAAUACUGUACAACAUACUAGUAUUGAAAAGAUUAAAGAAGUGUUGAGAGGAUUAAGGGAUAUGCUAGACCGUUUAAAAUGAUUGAGGAAAAAUAAUAUAGAUUUGGAAUUUGAAAGGGGCCUUGAGGCUUUUUAAAAUAAAUUUCGUCCUCAAUUUUUGAUAUCUUUGUUCAUAUUGAAUAUCAUGUUCUGAAUAACUGUUUGAAGUUGAAUUAUUUUGUAUAUGUGAACCAACUUUUGUGAUUAAAUAAUGUUUU